AUGGUAUGGCGGCGCAGACAGACGGUCGGAUACCGGAUACUUUUCGUUAUUACUAUACCAGCUAUGUACUUUUUUUACGCCAGUAUAAUGGGACAGUUAUCUGACAGUACGACAAAUGUCGGCUACGCAGCGGACUGGCGAGGACGUAGAUUGCUGCAGGCGAGCGAGUUCGAGCAACCUGGAAACGACAGUUACAACUGCACGCCACCGGCGAUCAAAGAGUUCCCGUCUGAUGGUUUUACACGACAGCAAAGACAGGCAGGAUUCAUAAUAAUCCACUUCGUCAUCGCUAUUUAUCUGUUUUUAUUACUUGCCAUUGUCUGCGACGACUAUUUCGUUCCCUCUAUUAAGAAAAUUUGCGAGAAGCUCGACGUCACCGAGGAUGUGGCUGGCGCGACCGUAAUGGCGGCUGCGAGUUCAAGUCCGGAAUUGUUCAUCAACGUCAUCGGCACCUUCGUGACGGAGGGUGAUCUGGGUGUUGGCACCAUCGUCGGUUCCGCGGUGUUCAACAUACUGGCUGUACCCGCGUGCUGCGCGCUAUUCGCGAACGAGAUACUGCACUUGGAGUGGUGGCCCAUAUCGCGCGAUACACUAGCAUAUACUUUCACAGUUCUUUCCUUAAUCCUGACUCUGUGGGACGGACGUAUCGAGUGGUACGAGGCACUCAUUCUCGUCGCUUGUUACGUUCUAUAUAUAUUAGCAAUGUGUUUCAAUCGUCGCAUCAGCAAUUUCAUAAAUCGAAUAACUGCUAGGAGAAAACAAUACAAAAAUAUUUGCGAGGAGAGUCCGCUCUUGUCGAACCAUCUCGUCAAAGAAACGGAGAUAUCUGGAUUUAGUUCGAGUGACCAGGAUGAAUCAGAUGACAUCGUCGACAUUACAACCUGGCCGAACUCUACAUGCGAAAAGAUAUGGUGGCUUGUUACUUGGCCUAUCAAUGUGGCAUUACUCCUUACUAUUCCCGAUUGUAGAAGAAGAAAGCUAAGAUCAUGGUAUCCUUUUACAUUCAUCAUGUGCGUCAUAUGGAUUGGGACUUCGUCUUAUAUUAUUGGAUGGGUCAUCACUAUUAUUGGCGAUACCUUCAGAAUUCCUGAUUCCAUUAUGGGUUUAACAUUCCUCGCGGCAGGAAUGAGUGUACCUGAAGCAGUAUCGAGCGUUAUCGUUGCAAAUCAAGGUUACGGAGCUAUGGGGAUAAGUAAUUCAAUCGGAUCGAAUGUGUUCGAUGUGUUACUGUGUCUCGGACUACCAUGGUUUAUUAAAGCUACACUAUUACCAAAAGUACCUGGACAGUAUUAUAUUCAGAUUAAUUCUCAAGGGCUAGUCUAUAGCUCAGUAUCUCUCUUUUCGACGUUAAUUAUGUUAUAUGGAGCUUUAUUUAUUAACAAAUUCACGUUAAGCCGUACAGUUGGGAUCGCCUGCCUCGUCAUGUAUGCCAUAUUUUUGAUAUUCGCAUCUGUUGUAGAACUUAACACAUUUUCCGUUGUUAAUUUACCAAUAUGUAUCGACUAG